CCUCAAUGUGCGAAAAUUCACGCAAAAGCCUGGUCACACGAAUUCACGGCGCGUGACGUACGUCAUCACCCCGCGACGCUGACGACGGCCUCCCGGAAGUAGAACUCUGGGUCCGGUUAAAAGAGUUCCUAUGCUUCUCUCCGAACCAGACCUGGGCUGCUUGCUGCUGAACUGACUUUGCUUCUUCUGGAGCCUCUCUGAAUUCCACAUCCGCGUAGUGGGGCAAUCUCUCCACCGAUAUGGGAGGCGGAGACCUGAAUCUGAAGAAAAGCUGGCACCCUCAGACCCUCCGCAAUGUGGAGAAAGUGUGGAAAGCUGAGCAGAAACAUGAGGCUGAGCGGAAGAAGAUUGAAGAGCUUCAGCGGGAGCUGCGGGAGGAGAGAGCCCGAGAGGAGAUGCAGCGCUAUGCAGAGGAUGUUGGGGCUGUCAAGAAAAAAGAAGAAAAAUUGGACUGGAUGUACCAGGGUCCUGGAGGUAUGGUGAACCGUGAUGAGUACUUGCUGGGGCGCCCCAUUGACAAAUAUGUUUUUGAGAAGAUGGAAGAGAAGGAGGCAGGUUGUUCUUCUGAGACAGGACUCCUCCCAGGCUCUAUCUUUGCACCAUCAGGUGCCAAUUCUCUGCUUGACAUGGCCAGCAAAAUACGGGAAGACCCACUCUUCAUCAUCAGGAAGAAAGAGGAGGAGAAAAAAAGAGAGGUAUUGAAUAAUCCAGUGAAAAUGAAGAAAAUAAAAGAAUUGUUGCAAAUGAGUCUGGAAAAAAAGGAGAAGAAGAAAAAGAAGGAGAAGAAAAAGAAGCACAAGAAACACAAACACCGAAGCUCAAGUAGUGAUGGUGGCAGUAGUGAGGAUGAGCGCAGCCGGGGGAGAUCUCAAAAGAAGACGGCCAAUUCAUCCCCUGUUUUGUCCAAAGUUCCUGGAUAUGGCUUACAGAUCAGAAACUCUGACCACAAGCAGGGACUCCAGGGUUCUCUGGUAGCCAACCAAAAGGGAACGCACAGGUUGAAGAGUCAUUCCAGGUCCAGAAGUCCCUCCCCCUCACCUCCCAGACAUGGCAGCAAGAAGGGCACCAGAGAAGCAGGGUCUCGGGACAGAAGAUUACGGUCCCCAGGCAGAAGGUCACGGUCUACAAAGCCAAGCAAACAGCACAACUCUAAGGUAAAUAGGAGAGAGAGAGACCGAACUAAGAGCCCAUCUCCUAAGAAAGAAGUCUACCAAAGGCGGCAUGCCUCUGGAUACACCAGAAAACUGUCAUCAGAGGAACUAGAGCGAAAAAGGCAAGAAAUGAUGGAAAAUGCCAAGUGGCGGGAGGAAGAACGGCUGAAUACCCUCAAGAGGCAUGCCAAGGAUGAUGAGCGGGAGCAGAGGCUGGAGAAACUGGACUCCCGGGAUGGCAAGUUUAUCCACCGCAUGAAACUGGAAAGCGCAUCUACAUCCUCCCUGGAGGAUCGUGUGAAGCGGAAUAUCUACUCUCUACAAAGGACCUCUGUAGCUCUGGAGAAGAACUUUAUGAAAAGAUGAAAAUGCAUCUAUCCACUCUUGCUGAUUUUCCUGAAAUUUCCAGGGAGGCUACUGACCCCUUAAAGAUUCUCUUUAUAAGAGUUCAGUUGACUUCUUUCACAGAUGUGAAACUUCCACUCUUCCAAGUGACUCAUCUCUAUCAAUUCCUGGACAACUCUUUUUUCCUUUGAGAACCAGUAUAGCUUGCUUUGUGGGACUCUCACUAAUUUUUGCUGGGUGCAGAGUGGGUUUUGACUGGGUUUUAAAAGGUAGGCACUGAACUGUGUAGUUGUGAGCACUCAUCUUGCUCUGGACGGUUGCUGCACAUGGUCAUGAUACUUAUCAAGCCACUUCUUUUUCACCUGUGUGAACUGACCUAUUCCACUGCCUCUAUGUAGACAGAACCUUUCAAUUUCAAAAGCCUUGCUCCGGAGUCACCCAGAUAGUUUGUAUUUCUUACUGGGGAAAAAAAAACAUUAAUGUGAUUUAGUAAAUAAUGUGACAAAUGAUGUCAGGUUAGGGUAGAGCCAAGGGAGUGACAAAAAAAAUCUAGAAGGGAAAACCAUUAAAGAAAAAAAAAAGCCCUUAUUAAAACUAUUUGGACUAUU